GUGAGACACUAGCCACCAAGCACUCGAUCGUCUUCCAAGGCGCAUAGAGCAGCGUAUAAGGUUCGCCACUCCCGCAGCGCUGGCCAAAGCUUCCAAAAAUUACUCGAGACUGCGUUCGCCCCAGCUUUUUGCAAGACACGCGCUGCACGCCAACGCUGCGACAGCAUGGCGACGAAAAAGCUCAUCGUCUACGUGAAGCACGAGGAGGGCGACGAGUCGAGGCACCUCAACACGAAGUUCACCGUGCCCAAGAGCUGGCGGCCGGGCCCCGUCGAGAAGUUGUUAGCGUUUGCGGUCGACACCUACAACGGCAAGCACGCGGACACGCCGCUGGCCAAGGACGGCGUGCACUUCGAGCUCGAGGGCGAGACGCUCGGGCUGGAGGACGUCGUCGAGCAGUGUAUACAACCCAAGGCCGAGCUACUGAUCGUGAGCGGCCCGUCUCCGGCCAUAGGCUCGGCCCGUCAAAAAAUCAUAGAUGAAGAAAAACGGAAGGCCGACGAGGCCGAAGCAAAAAGGAAAUGGGCCGAAGGCAAAGUAAAAUGCCAGAACUUCGGCUGCGCCCAGUUGUUUGAUCCGAACGACAACCCCGAAGGUUCGUGCAAGCACCACGUCGGCCCGCCCUUCUUCCACGACUGCAACAAGGGCUGGACCUGCUGCAAGGGCAAGACGGCCAUGGACUGGGACGACUUCCAGAAGCUGCCGACGUGUGCCGUCGGUAGGCACUCUGCCACACCGCCCAAAGCGCCGGAGAAGCCUAAGCCGACCUGCGUUCCCUGUGCGCCAGUACCUACGAAGUCCAUCGAGAACUACAACCAGAACGAGGGCAAAGAAGCGCCGACGGGCGCGAAAUCAUUCGCUAGGGCUACUGGAACAAAAGCUAAACCCAAGGUCACGAGGUAUGAGGACGGCACGUACCGGUGCCAGAACAAGGGCUGCCAGGCGCGGUUCCGGCCGGAGGACAACCAUGCCAAAGCUUGUACGUAUCACAAAGGCACGCCCGUCUUCCACGAAACAUUGAAAUGGUGGGGCUGCUGCCCGAACUCCAAAAAGAUGGACUUCGACGACUUCCUGGCCGUGCCCGGGUGCGCGUCCGGACCGCAUUGGACGGGCGAGGGCGACCCUCCCCAAAUCGAGGAGAUCAUCUCCAUGUCCGAGGAGGGUUUUGAUCUGGGCUAGGUCGCGUUAAAG